AAGCGAAAUAAUAAUCGAGAUUUUGAUUUUGUUUGAAUUUUUCAGAUUGGCAAUAUUUAAGUAAUAUUAUUAUGUUUUAUGUUUAUAAAAUAAAUAACCUAAAAUAACAAUUUCCUGCUAUGAUUGCGUGUUUUCAUAGAAUUGUGUAGUUUUUCAGAGAAUUAAAAUGCAAGGUACCGGGCCGUUUUCAAGUACUUCCGCAUUUUGUGCAAAAUGUGGUUCAAUAUUGCCUCUAUUACAAGAAUUUGGAUCUGUAAAGUGUUAUGCAUGUAAAGCCAUUUAUGAUCCUGAAAGUUUCAGUAACAUAAAGUUUAAAUACACAAUACAUUUCAACACUGUAUCAACACUAAAUAAUGAUAAUAUUUUGAACAUGGAUAAUCCAGAAGGCCCUGUGGUAGAAAGAAAAUGUCCUAAGUGUGGCAAUGAUAGAAUGUCAUAUGCAACAUUACAACUGAGAUCAGCGGAUGAAGGCCAAACUGUAUUUUAUACCUGUGUUAAUUGCAAGUACAAAGAAACAGAGAAUUCAUGAAACUACCUGAAAUCAGCCUAUGUGGAUAUAAUGUAUAUCUUUGUAAAAUAAAUGUAUAAUAAAUAUAAUUUCUUUUAAAAAUAAAAAUUAUAAAAUUACUCAUUGAAAAUAAUGAUAGUUUUUGGAGAAA